CCGACUGUCGGGAGCUGGGCUAGGAGCCCUCAGUCGGCCGGAGCUCUGGAUGUGGGCGCCAGACAAGCCCACGGCGCCUACCUCCAAGAUGGACAGCCGCUACACCAGCACCGCGGGCCUCGGGGAUUUAAACCAGCUGAGCGCGGCCAUCCCGGCCACACGAGUGGAGGUGUCCGUGUCCUGCAGAAAUCUUCUUGACAGAGACACAUUUUCUAAAUCUGAUCCAAUUUGUGUCUUGUAUGUACAAGGAGUUGGAAAUAAAGAAUGGAGAGAGGACUUUCUGGGACAAGUGUUUUGUACAUUGGGGGAGAUUGUUGGUUCACAGGGAAGUCGCCUGGAAAAGUCCAUAAUAGGAAUUCCAGGGAAGAAAUGUGGUACAAUCAUCCUUACAGCAGAGGAAUUAAACUGUUGCAGAGAUGCUGUGCUGAUGCAAUUUUGUGCGAACAAACUGGACAAGAAGGACUUAUUUGGAAAAUCAGAUCCUUUUCUUGUAUUUUAUCGAAGUAAUGAAGAUGGCAGUUUUACAAUUUGUCAUAAAACAGAAGUUGUCAAAAACACUCUAAAUCCUAUAUGGCAAGCAUUCAAGAUCUCAGUCAGAGCUUUAUGUAAUGGCGAUUAUGACAGAACAGUCAAAGUAGAGGUGUAUGACUGGGAUCGAGAUGGAAGUCAUGAUUUCAUUGGAGAAUUUACAACAAGCUAUAGGGAACUUUCUAGAGGGCAAUCACAGUUCAAUAUAUAUGAGGUGAUAAAUCCCAAAAAGAAAGGAAAAAAGAAGAAAUAUACUAACUCAGGAACAGUCACGUUACUUUCUUUCUUGGUAAAAACAGAAGUUUCAUUCCUUGACUAUAUUAAGGGAGGAACACAAAUCAAUUUCACAGUGGCUAUUGAUUUUACUGCAUCAAAUGGCAACCCUACCCAGCCGACUUCUCUCCACUACAUGAAUCCUUAUCAACUGAAUGCCUAUGGUAUGGCACUGAAAGCAGUGGGAGAAAUCGUUCAAGAUUAUGACAGUGAUAAAAUGUUCCCUGCUUUAGGUUUUGGUGCAAAACUGCCUCCAGAUGGAAGGAUAUCUCAUGAGUUUGCUUUGAAUGGGAACCCUCAAAACCCCUACUGUGAUGGCAUUGAGGGUGUCAUGGAAGCUUAUUAUAGGAGUCUGAAAUCUGUACAACUGUAUGGGCCAACCAACUUUGCUCCUGUAAUUAAUCAUGUAGCGAGAUAUGCUUCUUCUGUAAAGGAUGGCUCCCAGUAUUUUGUGCUACUGAUUGUGACAGACGGUGUUAUCUCAGAUAUGGCUCAAACUAAGGAGUCCAUAGUUAAUGCUUCAAAACUUCCAAUGUCAAUAAUUAUAGUAGGUGUUGGGCCAGCAGAAUUUGAUGCAAUGGUUGAAUUGGAUGGAGAUGAUGUAAGAGUUUCCUCCAGAGGAAAAUAUGCUGAAAGGGACAUUGUGCAGUUUGUGCCAUUCAGGGAUUAUAUUGACAGAAGCGGAAACCACAUACUCAGCAUGGCUAGAUUAGCUAAAGAUGUCCUAGCGGAGAUCCCAGAGCAGUUUCUCUCCUACAUGAGGACCAGAGGGAUCAAGCCAUCACCUGCACCUCCCCCGUACACCCCACCUACACAUGUGUUACAUACUCAAAUAUGACUGUGCUCCGAAAUGCUAAUGUAACUAUACUUCAGUUAGAACUGCUGAGUCUAUGCUUUUCUCCUGGUGCUCUAUAAGGAACCAGGGAAUGAGAUACUUUUCUCAGUUUGGUUUCAGCAGUAUUGGUUUGUAUGCUUUCUUGGAUCCAAAAUUUAUUAUCUUCCUAAACCAAAACUGUAAAUACGGUUGUUGCAUGAGCAACAGAAAAAUUGUUUAAAUGCUUGAAGCAAAAUAUGGAUGUCUUCUCUGAAUCUUUAAAUGUUUUUUGGACAAAAACAGCUAAUUUCCAAUGUACUGUUGGGAAAAAGCACAACCUGUGUUUUUAACUCAAAUAUUGUCCUUGACUGCUAUGUAUAUAGGAAAGCAGUCUCUCUAUAUCAAUGUUUACAUGUUACUACUUUUUAAAUUCUAAUACUUUUAUAACUGUUCUUAAGAAUACAAGUUUUGAAUAUUGAAUCCUUUGUCUUCUAAAUUGCAAUAGCUAUAAUCACAAGAGCAAUAUCUCUUCGAAUGACUGUCUGGACAAAUGCAAUUGCAAGCAAGGGAAGGUAAAGAUACUUUCAUAUUUCUCAGUAAGUGAAUUGUCUUAUGAAGCUGCAUCUGCUUAGUAAUCAGUUCCUCUGUGCCAUUUGCCAAGUAUGGGAGUUUACACUUAGCAGAUGUGUAUUCUGAAAGAACAUGCAUUUUUCAUGAAGUUUGAGUUCUAAAUUUAGACUGCAAUUUGUUUAUGUUUUGUAAUGCUAAGUAGAAAUAAUAAAAAAAGUCAAACAUCGUGAACUGUAAAUGCACAGAAAAUACUUUGUGUAAAAAGUAACAUCUUUGGGCUUCCCUGGUGGCGCAGUGGUUGAGAAUCUGCCUGCUAAUGCAGGGGACACGGGUUCGAGCCCUGGUCUGGGAAGAUCCCACAUGCCGCGGAGCAACUGGGCCCGUGAGCCACAGCUGCUGAGCCUGCGCGUCUGGAGCCUGUGCCCCGCAACGGGAGGGGCCGCGAUAGUGAAAGGCUCGCACACCGCGAUGAAGGGUGGCCCCCACACCGCGAUGAAGAGUGGCCCGCGCUUGCUGCAACUAGAGAAAGCCCUCGCACGAAAUGAAGACCCAACACAGCCAAAAAUAAAAUAAAUAAAUAAAGUAGCUAUUAAUUUUUUAAAAAAGUAGCAUCUUUAUAUUACAAUACUAUGUAGAAAGACUAAAAUCCAGAAUAUUUGAUUGUGAACCAUGUAGCAGAUGUUUUAAACUUUCUAUUUCAUUGUACCUUGUCUAGAUAUUUUAAGUCAAAAGGAUACUGGCUCUCUUGAUUUGAAUUCCUUUCCAAGUUGCCACGCAGGGUGCACAGGCUGGAAGUUUUUCGCGAAAUUCCCAGUUAAAUAUACACAACCAUGUGACUUAGUGCACAACACAUUUGUGAAAUAACCCACUCCUAUAUACUGACUGAUCUGCCUAUCCACAAUUAAUUGUGAAGAGUUUUUGCAUGUACAGUUUUUAUAAGAAUUGCAGUUUUAUGACAAGAAUGACAGAUGUGUCUAAAUUAAAACAUAUCUUUAGAAAAAAUGGCCUUAAAUUCUCACAGAAUUCCUGGAAAUGAUUGUGAAUUACCUUUAAGUAAUAGAAAAGUGAAUUUAUUUUUUUCUUUUGUGUCAACAAUGUAACUGCUUUAUAAUAUUUUCCUUACUUAUAUCCUAUUUAAUACUUGGUUUAUUUCUACUGUAUGUUGUUCUCUUUGUCCCAUGUUGACUUAGGGUGACUUUUAUAAGCAUGAAACUAUUUUACGGAAAACAAAAAAAUAUACAUUCACAUAUCUAACAGAAUCGAUGUUAUAUAAUUAUGUAUUCCUAAAUUGUCCAUUUUGGAGUAUAUAUUAAAAUCUUUUAAAGGUUAACUAUUUGCUCUGUAAACUUUAUGUAUAAAUGACAUGGAAUCUGAUGAUUUCCUUUACUUGUCUUAAAUAUUUAUGUCAGUAUAGUUUAUUAGCCUACAAUUGUAUUAUUUGCCUUCA